GGCCUGGGGGUGCGGGGCGGAGGGUGCCGCCUCGUCCUUUCUCGGGACCUGCCCUCGGGCGGCUGUGGAGGAGUGGUCAAGCCCUGAGCCUUGCGGAUGGAGGGGUCAGAAAGAGGGAAGCUCGGACGGGAGCGGUCGGGGGGCGGGGAGCUAGGACGCAGCUGGGAAGGAGUCGGGAAGAGGCGUGGGAGCGAGGGGCAGCGAGGACGCGGCCCGGCCUGUGGGGGCAGCUCGAGGCAGACAGAUGGGCGGCUUGGAAGCCGGCGGGCUUGCGGAUGAGGAUUGAGGUUCGGAAUGGAGUGAAGAAUGAUGUAGGAUGGAGGGAAGUGAAGGAAGGGGAGGGGAAAUAAAGGAAAAUGUGGGAGGAGUGGUUGGGAAUUUGUGAGUAGCAGGCUGGAAGGGAUGAGAAAGGCUCACCAGGGGCUACAGAGGAUGGGAAUGAGCGGGAAGGUUAGGAAUCAGAAAUGAGUCGAGAGCUGAAGGGUUCAUCAGGCGUGUUCAUUAAGGGGAACUGGUGACUUGACGUGACUCUAGGUUUGCUUCUUAAUGUCUCCUAUUUUUCUAGCGUUGUGUGAAAAUGAAAGCAUAAUUUGCCCUGCUUUCUAGCUUUUAUCUUUUUGCACAGGCCCAAAAUACGCAGCCUACUGCCAUCCAUCCCUGUGGUCUUGAUUCGUCAUUUUAAAAGGGUUUAGAGCGGCAGUGUAACACACAAACCGUUCUUCAGUAUGAAAGGUUAGAAGUUGUUCCCAAGAGACAAACACUGUCUUCUUGUCCAGCAGUUUUCAGUUGACGGCAUCUGUCUUCUACCAGAGAGUAUUUGAGAGGGGUGAGAAUGACUGAUUUCUAGUUUUGGAUUGAAAGAAGAUUAACAUGGUGAAUUGAAAGUAUGGAACCUAUUCUAGUUGUUACUGUUGCAAAGAAAGAUUUCUCCAGGGCCCUAUGGAAGUGGAUGAAAGGUUUGUUCUUGGUGCCCAUGAACAUUUUUAUCUAAUAAGUCAAGUUCACAACAGAGUUGAAAAAAGGAAAGGGUUGAGAUGUAAACCUAUAUUGGUUGUCAGGACACAGUAGAUGGAAUUUAAAAAAUUUAAGUAAUGAAGUUGAUGUCAGAAAGUUAUGCCAACAGAUCCUGGGUAAGAUGAAGAAAGCUGGGGCUGUGGAGUCUGCUUGAGGAUUUUCCAGAGUGUCAUCCUAGUUUAUGGAGUAUUUUGUUUAAUUUUGUGGUGCUGGGGAUCAAACUAAGGGCCUCACACAUGCAAGUGCUCUAGAUACUGUGUUACAUCCUCAGCCCUUUAAUGAAAUAGCUAGAUCAUAGGUCAAUAUGCACAUAAUUUACAAAGCUAGAUUUUGAUUAUUCUCAUACAAUUUAAGGAAGAUAUUUUUGUCCUGGGUUUCAUAUCUUUUUUUCUUUCUUGCCUAUCUCCAUCACUGUCCAGAAACCUCUAGAAGUGGGGAAGAGAUACUCCAGGAAUAAGCAGCUAGAAAUCCUUGCUGCACUCUAGUGCACAGAAAAUAACCUAAAGAGAAAUGAUACUCUUGAGGGCAGCUAGUUAAGGCAGUGGAGAAUUUUAGUAAUAAAAGUGAUUUUGGAACAAUGUGGGACUUAAUGAGAAAUAGUGAAAGGAAACCCAUACUACUGGAAGCAAAGAGACACCUGAGGAAAGAGCGGAAGUGUACAUUUGCUUCCAGUCAUAAAUCCCUGAGUGCUUCCAGGCCAAGGAAAGAGCCGAUUAUCUAGUACUAGCAUUAUCUAAAGUUUAGUUAAAACUGAAGGGGGACUAAGCCCUUUCAGAGAAAGCAGAUUUUCAGCUCAGCCAGAUUUCUUUUGUGAUUGAUAACAUAUUAAGUGGAAAAGAAAGAUUAAAUACAGUAGUCAACAUUCUGCUUUUUCAUUGCACCCACGUAAGUACUUAAUCACAAAUGUGUCUGUCUACACCGCUGUGCCCAGUUACAGAAUGGAAUGAAAAAUUUUGUAGUUUAUAAGUAUCUUAAAAACAUUAAAAAGUCCAGAAUAUGACCUCAGAUUUUAACCUGAAAAACAACUGAUAGUUUGGGCACAUUUUAAAAUUUAAUUUUAAUUUUUCAGAUACUGGAUUUUUCCCCCUCUCCCAGGCCAAUUUAUUUGAGGAACAUGUUUGUCUGGGACCUUAUGAUAGUUGAGGUUUCUUAGGUACAUCUUGUGACUUGAAUGCAGAAUUUUGAUGUGAUCUGGAUAGAUUAGGAAAUAACUUCUCUAAAAUACUUUUAUGUUUGGUUGUCUUUGUACAGCUGAUCGGCAUUGCCUCCAAAUACCUCUGAAAGUAGCUCUUAGCAGGCAUCUCUUGCCACCACAGUGUAUAUAUUCUGGGUAGCUGCUCUGCAGCAACGCAGCUCUGUCGGUCUGGGCAGUGUUGUUAUUCCUGCUGCAUAAUUAGCAACUAGUGAGAUCAUAGUCUGGGAUGAUUCUGGCAGUUCUGAGGCAAAGCAAGACAGUCUUCAUACCUCAUCACACGUGGCUUCAGCUCUGACAGCAUUUCUCCUGAGCAGAUUCAUGUCCUUCUGCGAUUUAAUUCCAAAGUCAGGGAAGGAGAAAGACUUGGGCCCAGGAAAUGAACUCUCCGACUUACUGGGUGAUGUGAGACACCAUGUUGAAAACACUGGCAGCCAUAGUGAUAUAACCAGAAUAAAUUGCCUCUUCUUUUGCUAUUUGUUUUCCUUGUGGUUUCUUUUCAGAGGGCAAAGAUUGUAAAGCUACGUUUUCCUUGCACAGCGGAUGAUGAUAGACUGAAUAUAAGAUUGGGAAAGAUUCUGGUUUUUGUUUAGUGGUGCUGGGGAUGAAACCCAGGCCCUGCAGUGUGCUAAGCAAGUGCUUUACCACUGAGCUACAGCUCCAGCCCUAGAGUCUGGGUUUUGAAGGCAACACAAAUUGUAAUUUUGGGUCCUUUCUUUAGUAGCAAAUUUGCCCUUUACAGGAGGUUGGGAGAUAUUUUAUACUUGUGAAGAUCUAGGUCAAGGGUCUUCCUGACUGCUUAUGUCCUUCAAAAUUGAGAGCCUGGCGCAGCGUUUCCCAAAGUGUGCUGUGAAGAUUAUCUGCCCCCUAACAUACUUUGGAAACCAUGCAGAAUCCUAAUGCACCUGGCUAGCUGCUGGUGAGCGGGGGCUUUGGGGCCAAUGUGGUCGGCUUCCCAAGAAAACCCUUUGAAACCAAUGGAUGCAUUCACGGGCUCUGGUCUCAAGAGGAAGUUUGAUGAUGUGGAUGUGGGCUCAUCAGUUUCCAACUCAGAUGAUGAGAUCUCUAGCAGUGACAGUGCUGACAGCUGCGACAGCCUCAAUCCUCCUACCACGGCCAGCUUCACACCCACAUCCAUCCUGAAGCGGCAGAAGCAGCUUCGGAGGAAGAAUGUACGCUUUGACCAGGUGACUGUGUACUACUUCGCCAGACGCCAGGGCUUCACCAGCGUGCCCAGCCAAGGUGGUAGCUCUCUGGGCAUGGCCCAGCGCCAUAACUCUGUACGCAGCUACACACUCUGUGAGUUUGCCCAAGAGCAGGAAGUGAACCAUCGAGAGAUUCUUCGUGAGCACCUGAAGGAGGAGAAACUUCAUGCAAAGAAAAUGAAGCUGACCAAGAAUGGGACAGUGGAGUCGGUGGAGGCUGAUGGCCUGACGCUGGAUGACGUUUCAGAUGAAGAUAUUGAUGUGGAAAAUGUGGAGGUAGAUGAUUACUUCUUCCUGCAGCCUCUGCCCACCAAACGGAGGCGGGCCCUAUUGAGGGCUUCUGGGGUCCACCGAAUUGAUGCUGAAGAAAAGCAAGAACUUCGAGCCAUCCGCCUUUCUCGAGAAGAGUGUGGUUGUGAUUGUCGACUGUAUUGUGACCCAGAGGCUUGUGCCUGUAGCCAGGCUGGGAUUAAAUGCCAGGUGGAUCGCAUGUCCUUUCCAUGUGGCUGCUCCAGGGAUGGCUGUGGGAACAUGGCCGGGCGCAUUGAGUUUAAUCCAAUCCGAGUCCGGACUCAUUACCUCCACACCAUCAUGAAGCUGGAGCUGGAGAGCAAGCGGCAGGUGAGCCGCCCAGCAGCCCCAGAGGAGGAACCCUCACCUGCCACUGGUUGCAGCCUGACAGGAGCCCAGGGCUCUGAGACACAGGACUUCCAGGAGUUCCUUGCUGAGAAUGAGACUGCAGUGAUGCACCUGCAGAGCGCUGAGGAACUGGAGAGGCUGAAGGCCGAGGAGGAUUCCAGUGGUUCCAGUGCCAGCCUGGACUCGAGCAUGGAGAGCCUGGGUGUGUGCAUCCUGGAGGAGCCACUGGCUGUUCCUGAAGAGCUUUGCCCAGGCCUCACUGCUCCCAUUCUCAUUCAGGCGCAACUACCCCCAGGCUCCUCCGUCCUGUGUUUUGCUGAGAACUCGGACCACCCGUCGGCUUCAACAGUGAAUAGCCCAUCCUACUUGAACAGUGGGCCCCUGGUGUACUACCAGGUGGAGCAGAGGUCAGUGCUGGGAGUGAAAGGAGAGGCUGGUACGGAAGAAGGCACAGCCACUUUCCCCAAGGAGAAGGAUCUAAACGUCUUCUCUCUCCCCGUUACCUCACUGGUGGCUUGCAGCCCCACAGACCCAGCUGGCCUCUGUAAAUCAGAAGUGGGGAAAACCCCCACCUUAGAAGCGCUGUUGCCAGAAGAUUGUAACCCUGAGGAGCCUGAGAAUGAAGACUUCCACCCCUCUUGGUCCCCCUCAAGCCUCCCCUUCCGCACGGACAAUGAAGAGGGAUGUGGGGUGGAGAAGAGUUCCCAGCAGAGAGAGGACCGGCCCCCUGAAGAGUCCGCCCUAGAACUUCCUAUGGUGGUGUGACAGUGGGGAAGAGAUAGGGCCUCUCCCCACUUUCUAUUUAUUCCCUUAUUUUAUCUAAUGCCACUUCAAGACUGUAGAAGCAGCUGCUGCUCCCAUGUUAUUUUAUUGGGGUCUUUGGGGGAAAUGGGUGGGAAAGGAUUGUUUGUACAAGUAUUUUUUAAAAGGGAAACAGUAACCAAGGAGAACAGCUCCAGCUUGACCUGGGGAUAGAGUCUUAAAGGCAGCUGCACAGUGCCUGAUACUGAGCUUUCUGGGCCAUCAGAACAAAGAAGUAGGAUCUCACAGGAGGAGCUGGGUAAUUCAAGCAGCUAUUCUUUAGGGACCAAAACACAAGAAUCUGAACAGUAUGGCAAAGCCCUUGCUCUCCUGGGCUCCAGGGAGGUUCGAGCUCAUUUGUCUCUGGUUAUUCUAAUACUCCGUCUUGGUGUGUCAUCAUACAGUCGCAAAGAUCGCCUGGCAGGAUCUAGAGAGGAGGGGUUAGAAGGGUUUCUGCUUCUAUACAGAACCUCCAGAAUUUCUAAAAAUUUAACCUGCCUUUCUCUGACCCCUGUUUGGUAAAUAAGUUAAUAUUUGACAUGUUUGGUGUUCUCUGACCAGCUCCCCACACUGGGGAUUCCUGGUCUGUAACUUGAAUUACUGUACUUCUUUCACAUACUUUUAGGUACUAGAGUUUAACUUGUCUGUCUUCUUUUUCUCCCAUCAAUUUUUCCUUUGAAGAAAAGGAGCUAACUUGGCUGGGGAUGUGGUAUAAAGAGCCCGAGGCUUUUGCUUGUAUCUAACACUAGCUCUGUUGGGUGGCUUCGGGCAGGUCUCACCCUUCUCACAGGAGCCCAUACAGAGCAUUAACUAUGUCCAAAGGAGGCCAUCGGAACAGCCUGCUGUCUGGAGAGAUGACUUGAUUGUGUGAUGUUUGCUUUUUCACCCAGCCCCUCCCCCCAAGAUCUGAGCUUUAAAUGGAAGGUAAGAUGUGGUAAUCUAAGGACAUAUACUAGUUUUUUAAUUCUUUUUUCCUGUAUCUAUCUUCAUGGUCCUUCUUGGAUAUACAGGGUUAGAGUUCUUAUACUAUUCCAGUUCAACUCCAAGAAUUGCACAUACUUACUAGACGACCUUCAUCUUGGCACAUAGACAUCGGGAGACAAACCAAUUCUUAAGUGCCACACACAAUUCCCAAGUUCCAAAGGAUUCAUGAUCUGAUUGUAACCUUGGAAGUGUAUAGGAUGGGACUCAAAUUCUGUCCUUACCUUUGUCACUGGUUCCUGUCCUCUUAUAUCUAGCUUAUGUUUCAAGAUCUGCUUCACUGAACGCCACUGAUUUCUUUUUAUUGCCUCAGUUUAUCUUUGCCUCUGUUUUAAAAUGGACACAGCAGGUAGAAAAACAUAUUCUCUAGCAUAUACCAUGUUUCACUUCUGGUUGUGAUUUAUUAACCAGGAAUGAAAAGAGUAAAAACUUUUUUGGUAGGGCGAUAACUGUUCCUUCCUAUUUGUCCAUAAACCCUUUUCUUAUGGGAUAGUUAAGACUCUGGUGUCUUAAAGCAACCUUUUUGUAUUUGUCAGCAGCAUUUCACCUAUAAAAUCUGAGCCUCAAGGGCUUUGUAAUUAAUACAGAUACAUGUUUUAAUCCAUUCCGCCUUUCCUGUUCAUUCCUGUUUUUGUUUGGUUUUAUGUUAGGAAGGGAGUUCUUAAUUAGGUGCAUAGGUCUGUGUCUCUCCCCAUCCCCCAGCCUCAUAAAACAGAGUUGAGGGUCUUCAGUACCUGAGCUUUAGAUACUCUUCCAAACUAAGCCGCGCUCCCCCUCCUUGAAUGGGGACUCAAAUACAAGAUUGAAGCUUCCCUCUGAAUUCAGCUCCACGGAGAAAAGACUUUGAAAAUGUGUUGGAAGAAAAAGGAAGCUUUAAAAAAAUCUCUCCUUCUGAGGCUCCAGCUUAAUUUAGUGGGCAGUUUCCAACUGCUCAAUAAGAAAGACAUUAGCCUUUGGGAUCAAAUGAAUUUAAAUUUGUAAUUAUUAAACUCAUUGCCAACCCACAAGAUAUUUGAUAUUUCUGCAAAACUCCACUUUCUGAGCCCAUCCCUUCACUAACUACAGUUAGGAUGCAUUAACUCCAAACUUCUGAAUGCUAAACGUUAGCAUUUAGCAUUAACUCUUGUCAAGCAAAGGGCCUUUUCUACAACCUAGUCCAUCUCAUUUCUGGUGCUACCUAAAUUGGACAAAAUGAUAGCUUAUGGUUGCUAGGAAAGGUAGACCUCUGACCAUAGAAAUGGAUCACUUGAGGCCCACUCGGUCUAGGCCUAGAUAAAUGAAGCUUAUUACCACCUUUCUCACAUACUGUAUACACAGGUAGUAUUUUCAAUGUGAAUCCAAAGCUUGUCUGGUUCUCUGAAAAUAAUUUUUUCCCCUUUAGGUUCUUUACAUUGUGAUAAUGCCGUAUUUAAAGAGAAUAUUUAAAUGUAAUAUUAAAGAAAUAUUCAAAAGAAUGAUGUGUUAUUUAUCUUGGCAGGUCACAGUACUUGUUAGAGAAAGGAUGCUUUAGUUCCUAAUUGACUGGAACCAUUUAGGUCAAUUAGGAAUUUUAAUGCUAAUUAACAAUGGGAACAUGUUGUGAUGGGAGUGUAGAAUCUUCUCUUUGGAGCACCAAGAGCCUGCCUUACCUGCUCAUAUGUACCUCUUCAGCUGGAGCAGAUCUGGCUCCUGCCCUCUUAGGGCUAUGCCUGUAGUCCCUUUUCUCUAUUUCUGAUUACCACCUUAAAAUGUCCACGAGAUCAAAUCAGUUUCUUCAAAACUUCUUUCAUCCCAUCAGAAAGUUCUAUUCCAGCCAAUUAAGUGUCUGUUAUUAAUAAUCUAUUAUUAAUUCUCUAUGUCAGUCUUAUAAAAGGAGCCUUAGCAAAAUGAUUAGAGUGUAUGUAAGUAAUCAUCAGAUGGUUUCAGGUGGUCUUUACUUGGGUUUAAAAACAGUGCUUCAUGCAUUACAAUAAGUUAUUACAGAGCUACAAAUCACAGUGGUACACACACAAGCCACGUCCAACUUACUGUCUUGAUGUAGAUCUCUCCUGGUCUUCAAGGACAGUAAUCAGUACCUUAAGGUUUUGACCCAUGGCCCAAAGAAGCCACUGUCAGUUACAGUUGGAUUCUGCAACACAGUGGAGGUAGCAAAGAACUGAAGACCCUUAGGGGCUGUCCAACAGCCCCGAAGUUAAGACAAUGUGGGAGUGAAGGCUGUAAACCUUGGGGAAGCAGUCAAGCAGCACUUUCUUUUAAAUCAUUCCCUUCAGAAUGUUCCAGUAAGUCCUUUUUUAAAAAAAUGUUCAAAGGAAUUUAAAAGGAAAAGGAGUAGUUAACCCAUGCCAUUGAGGACCAAAAAAAAUGCUACUUUUGGUCACAUCAGAAAUGAGGCAAAGGUGGGCCAGGGAGAUAGCUCAGUGGCACUGUGACUGUCUGACAACCAGAAGGUCUUGAAUUGGAUCUCCAGUGCCAAAAAAAAAAAAA